CUCGUUGCUGUCGCUAGCAAUGCGAAGAAUUCGUUAGGACAAUUUCAUUCAGUAUAAAAUGUGAAAAUUGUUCUUCGUUAGACACAGUUCGAUCAGUUCUUUUGCUAAGCUAGCACUAGCAGUUCUUAUUCCAAAAAAUGGCAUUCAAGAUUGUGACUUUCCUCGCCCUGGUGGCCGUUGCUCGCGCUGGAGUUCUCGCGCCUGUUGCCUACUCGUCCCCUCUAGCCUACGCCGCUCCAGUUACCAAAGUGCUUGCUGCCGCUCCAGUUUUGCACAAAACCGUCGUUGCCGAUGAGUACGAUCCUCACCCACAGUACUCCUUCUCCUACGGAGUCUCCGAUGCCCUGACCGGUGACCACAAGUCCCAGCAAGAGUCCCGCGACGGAGAUGUCGUCCAUGGAUCGUACUCGCUGGUCGAUGCUGACGGUUUCAAGCGUACCGUCGACUACACUGCUGAUCCGGUGCACGGAUUUAACGCUGCUGUCCGUCGUGAACCACUCGCCGUCAAGACCCUCGCCCCAGUCGUAGCGACCAAGACCGUCGUGGCCCAGCCCGCCUAUGCUCUCCCGGUGGCUAAGACUCUGGUAUCGCAACCAGCUUAUGCCAGCUACGCCGCCCCAGCUUACUACCACUAAACGGUGCAAAAAGUGUGUUUUCUAGUCUGACUGUUGAUCGAAUGUGACCUGUUUAAAUUAUCGCAAAAUAGAUUGUUGAAUAGAUGAAAUUACAUCCAAAAAACUA